AUUACGUCACGCGUACACACGCGCGUGCUGCGUGAUGGCGUCACGACGGCGGGAAGGCGGAGAGGAGGAGGAGCCAAGAUGGCGGCGAUGGCGGCGCUGUGCCGGAGGCUGAGGGCGCUGGGCCGGGGGGUCAGAGGGGUGCAGAGCCCGCCCGGCGCCCCCCGCUAUGAGGAGUCCACGGCCGAGUUCGCGUUCGUGGAGCGGCUGCUGCCCCCCAGCUCCAUCCCCGAGCCCCCCCCGCACCCCAAAUACCCGACCCCGUCCGGCUGGAGCCCCCCCGCAGGCCCCCCCCCAGACCUGCCCUACUUCGUGCGCCGCUCGCGCCUGCACAACCUGCCCGUGUACCUGGGCCAGCGGCAGGGCCGGCGCCUCACGGCGCUGCGCCACAUCCACGGCGACAUCUGGGCGCUGGAGCGGGACCUGAGGGCGUUCCUGGGCUCGCUGGGGGUGCCCGAGGUGCAGGCGCAGGUGAACGAGGUGAGCGGGACCCUGCGGCUCCGCGGGCACUGGGGGCCUGAGGUGCGACGCUGGCUGCUGCAGAGGGGCUUCUAGAGACCCCCAAAACCUGCUGGGGUACCCCCAAAACCUGCCAGGGGCACCCCAAACCUGCUGGGGGUACCCUAAAACCUGCCAGGAGCUGCUGUGGAUUCACCUGGAACGUCCCGGAAUGGAGACUGGACAGAGAAACAUCUGCUCAAAAUUCACCUGGAGCACCUCAAAAUCUGUUUGGGGCACCCCAAAAUCCAGCUGGAAUUCCUCAGAAUCUGUUGGGGCACCUCAAAAUCCACCUGGAACUCCCCAGAAUCUGUUGGGGCACCCCAAAAUCCACCUGAACUCCCCAGAAUCUGUUGGGAGCAGCUCAGAAUCCACCUGGAGCACCCCAAAAUCAAUCUGGGACACCCUAAAAUCUGUUGGGGCACCUCAAAAUCCAACUGGGACACAUCAAAUUCCAUUUGGGGCACCUCAAAAUCCAUCUGGGCAUUUCUAAAUCCACCUGGAGCACCCCAAAAUCUCCCUGGAAUCUGCUGUGGACAGCUCAGAAUCCCUCUGGAGCCCCCCAAAAUCUGUUGGGGAUACCUGAGAAUUCCCACUGGGAUUUUGAAAUCCAUCAAGGACACC